AUGAGUGUGACGAGCAGGUAUCUAUACAAAAGAAACAAAUAGACAAUUCAAUAGUAGAAAUACUAAGAUUAAAAUCCCUUAAAUUAAAUUUUUAACGAUUUUAACAAAUAUAUUGGGAAGAAAAAUAUUGAUUUAUUGCCUCCUAUUAAUUAAUAUAAAAGAAAUAAAUCGCAUUCAUAUCAAUAUGACUCCUUAUAAUAUGAAUUCUCUCAACUAAAGCAUCCUUAUUUGGAUAAUAUAAAACCUAAAUAGAAGUUAAAAACUAGAAUUUCACAAUUGUCGGAAUUAGAAAUCAGAUUGUCCUUAUAAGUUAAAAAAGUAACUAUAAAUGAUAUCAAAAAAAUGAGAUAAAAUAAUUAAACUAAUGGAUCAGGACUAACAAAUAGAAAAAAUGAGAGUCUUUUGACAUUAGAAAAUAUGUCUAAUUUAUUUUAGCAUCAAAAAUUAAGAAGACACAAAAAAUAUAUUGAGGAGACUUAAAAAAAAACAGAAAAUACAGAAUAAUUCAUUUGCGGCUGGUUAUAAUUAAUUAAUGAUGAUAAUUGA